GUUGUGUGUACUGUUUCUCUUUCUCUCUCUCUCUCUCUCUCUCUCUCUCUUUCUUUCUGAACUGUUGGACAGACGGUGGUGUUGAGACAAGGCGGCCAUGGCUAUGCUUGCCAGAUACUUUCUAGCUGCUUAAAUUUUUUCUCUUUUUGGGGUUUCCGGCGAAGUAGUACACACCCUCUUCUUUUGAGGUUGAGCAGCAUUACCCACUAAUCUCUCGCCGGCUAGGAACGAUCGAAUCGAAUCGAGUCGAUCUCCCAAACCAAUUUACUUGAGUCAGGAGGAGGAAGACUCGCCAUUUUAAUCAGUGGCUUUUUUGGUCGGAGCUUUCGACCCAGUGCCGUUUUUGCCACAAAUCUCCUUUUUGUCUUUCCUCCGAUCUCGCUUUUGUUAGAUAUUGUUUUAAGAUGAACCAACAAUUUGAGAAUGGAAUCAUCAACAAGAAAUCUGGUCCUGGCUGCUUAGGAAGAAUGGUGGACUUGUUUGACUUGAGUACAGGAAACAGGCUUCUCACAGAUGGCUCUCCACUUUCAAGGAACCAAUCUGAUGGUGGAAGGAUAAGUUGUUUCUCAGAUCAACUUGAGCACAAAGUGAUGUCAUCUGAUCCAAAACAUAGUUCUUCGCUGAAUGGAACUCCAAUGAAGCUGCUCAUAGCCCAGGAGAUGUCUAAAGAGAUUCAAGAAUCACCUCAGAGUUCCCCCAACGUAGUUGCAAAACUGAUGGGACUCGAUACCUUUCCUCAAGAAUUUUUGGAUACCAAUUCACAAAGAUGCCGUUGGAGAGGCCAUUCGCGAAGCCUUUCCGGAAGUUCCUUAACCACCACCACAUGGCAGCAAGAACAGAAAGAUUACAAAGAUAUUUACGAAAUUUGGAAGCAACCUCAAAAAGGUAAUUCUGGAAGAGAGAAAACGACGCAUACGAGUCAGCAUGGCGAGAGUACUGUAAAUGAGAAAAAUAUGGCUCUUGUUCGUCAGAAGUUCAUGGAAGCGAAACAGUUGGCAACAGAUGAAAAGCUUAGACAGUCCAAGCAGUUUCAAGAUGCAUUGGACAUUCUAAGUUCAAACAGAGAUUUGUUUCUCAAAUUCUUGCAAGAACCGAAUUCGUUGCUCGCACAGCACCUUCGCGAUCUACAUCUUCAAUCCCUUCCUCCAUCCACCACUGAAACAAAGCGCAUUACUGUUCUUAGACCUUCUAAGAUGGUCGACAGUAACAAAAUCGCAGGUUUAACAAAAAUGAGUGAUAAAACAACAAAUAUGACAGCAUUCACUAGUGAAGUGCUGGGCUGGGGUAAAAACGAUGAUAAUCAACCUACUCGAAUAAUUGUGCUCAAACCAAGCACUGGUCAUAUUGGAGAACAGAACCCACCAAAAUCCGAGGAUGAAAGUUUUGCUGCGCUCAGUAGGGAUGAAACCUCACUAUCUUCUGCGGUUUCUAAUGGGUACAUUGGUGACGAGAGUUCUUUCGGUAAGUCGGACAAUGAAUACCAGAAUGGAAAACUCAGUGAUUCUGAAAUCGUUUCACCAACUUCUAGACAUUCAUGGGACUAUAUAAAUAAGUUUGAUAGUCUACAUUCUUCUCCCUCUUUCAGCCGUGCAUCUUAUCACCCCGGAUCAUCGGUUUGUAAAGAAGCCAAGAAACGAUUGUCUGAAAGAUGGGCCACAGUGGCUUCUACUGGAACCAGUGAAGUUCAGAAGCUUGUCCAGAGAAACUCCACUUGUACAUUGGGAGAGAUGCUUGCCAUUUCUGAUAUUAAGAAUCCUGCUGAAUCCCAUGAAGAGGGUUUUAGUAAAGGACUAGAACCAAGAGCAUCGACAACGUUGUGCAAUGCCCUCGAAUCGAAUGAGGAUGACAACAUUGUUGAUUCUCGUAGGAAUCUAUUGAAAUCCAAAUCAGCGCCUGUCUCAUCUUCCGUUUUUGGUGGAAGGCUGAAUACUGAAGUUUCUAAAUCGGGAGUUGUGGAAAAGGAUGGUUUCAAGGACGACAUAGAGAUGAAGAAAUUGACUCGAAAGUUAUCUCUCAAAGAAAAAGUUUCAAGCUUAUUUUUCUCAAUAAAUAAAAGAACUGAUAAAGAAAAUCCAAGAUCUGUUCAGCCCUCCUUUAAAAAUGGUGGGAAUUAUUUGGCACAUGAUCAUCAGGUCAUUAAGAAUCAAGAAAACUUGUCAAAUCAUCUACACGGUUCAGAGUCAAUCAGCUUGGGACGAAAUUGUGAUGCUUCCUCAUCUGAGAAUCCUGCUCAUCCGAGAAAUACAAGUGACAGCCAGGAGCAACCAAGUCCUAUCUCAAUUUUGGAAGCACCAUUUGUAGAUCAUGAAGCUGCAAAUCUAGAUUCUUUUGAGGGGAAGGGAGCAAGGCUAGCAGUUCAUCUUGACAAAUGCAGACUAAUAGAUAAAUCACCACCCAUAGGAUCGAUUUCUCGGGUUCUAUCGUGGGAAAGCUCUUGUGAAGAAACAACGGCCUCUCAUGAACUGGAAAACACGAUCCAUCACAGUUCCAAGGAAGAAGAAGAGGGUGAAUGGCUUUCCUUUAUCCAAACAUUGCUAUCUUUAGCUGGCCUAGAUAACGAGGUGCAAUUGAGUUCAGUUUUUGCCAGAUGUCACUCGUCUGAAAGCCCUCUGGAUCUCUCAUUAAGAGACAGAUUUGUUGACCUAAACGAGAAUGAGCUAAUAAUGCACGAGACAAAAAGGAGGACUAUAAGAUCAACUAAGAAGCUUGUGUUUGAUAGUGUUAAUGCAGCUUUAGUUGAGAUAAUCCCUUGCAAUACUCAAAUAGAUUCAUUGGAAAGGCUGGUGGACCUAGUGUGGGCCUGUAUUAAAAAAUGGCGUUCAAAUGAGGUCGUAGGCAGUGUUUCUGGUGACGAGAAUGGUGACAAAUUGGUGGAGGUAAUGGUAAGAAAGGAGGUUGCUGGAAAUGGUUUCAUUGACUUCUUCGGCCCAUUAGAAAUUGAACUUUUUGUGAAGGAAAUGGAAGAAAAAUUGAUGGAAGAGGUUGUACGAGAGGCUGUCUUAGAAUUGACAGGUACAUAAUAUGCAGCACACCGAGUUCUUGUCAUUAUUUUUUUUCACAUAUUAACAUUUAUCAGAUGAUUUUUAACUAUUAUUAAGCUUGUCAACAACAACUAACUUAUUUUGUUUCAGUGAUUCAAGUUGUUGCAUAA